AGCUUGAGAGCAUGCGAUAUAUCACAACCAAAAGAACAAUUAAACUAAAUAAAAAAUUAAAAAUACAACCAUGGCAACUUCAUCUACCAUACUUUCAUCUUCUCUCCUCCCCAUCAGGGUUCUAACGGCAAAUCCUCAAACCCAGCAACUCUGCCCAGCUCCCAGGAGGCGUGCCAGUUCCUUCACAGUUCAAGCUGCCAAGCUUCCUGCUGGGGUGGUGGUGCCAAAAGUAGAGCCAAAGUUUAAGGCCCCUUUUGCUGGAUUCACCAGGACUGCAGAAAUAUGGAAUUCUAGAGCAUGUAUGAUCGGACUUAUUGGAACCUUCAUAGUGGAACUGAUAUUGAACAAGGGAAUACUGCAGUUGAUUGGAGUGGAGAUUGGAAAAGGAUUAGAUAUUCCUCUGUGAUCAUUCAAUUUGGGUAUUUACUUAAAAAGUAAGAUGCGAUCUUUUUUGUAACAAGUCUUUUACAAUUUAUUGAGAAAAAUAAAAUAUAAAAUAAAAGAUA